UUUAAUUUUAUUUUUAAUUCCAUGUAGCAAUGUCAUCUGGGUGGCUAUGGACUUUAAUAUUUACAGAAGGAAUGAUGGGAAUCAGUUGAAAUGGGGUCCUAAUUCAAACUUCAUUAGAUAAAUUAAUCUAUAGUCAAAAACUUCAAAAAUAAAAUAUAACAAGUGGUACUCAUCAGCAGUUUAAAAUCUUGUUUCUCCAAAAGCAUUUUCAAGGUCGAUAUAUUUUCAAGUUGUGGGAUUGAUCUACAAGGAUGGACAGAAGGCUGCUCCAGGUUUGUUGGACAGGAAAUGUUGACAACUUUCUAAAAUUGAUCGAAGAUAAUCCUCGUUUUCUCUACACUUCCGCGUUAGAAAAUGGAGAAACUCCUUUACAUAUUGCUUCUAUGGUUGGCCACUUUAAUCUUGUGAAAGAGAUCAUGAAAUCGAGGAAAGAAUUUUCCCAAGAACUCAACGAAGACGGUUUGAGUCCAUUGCAUAUUGCCUCAGCUAAUGGGCAUGUUGAGAUUGUGAAGGAGCUUUUGAAAGCAGAUCACAAACUCUGCCUAGUUAAAGGAAGAGAAAGAAGAAUUCCCCUUCACUAUGCGGCAAUCAAAGGCAGGGUCGAUGUGAUAAGAGAAUUGAUUUUAGCUAGUGCAGAUUCUGUAGUAGACGUGACAGCCCGAGGAGAGACAGUUCUUCAUUUGGCUGUGAAGAACAACCAAUUUGAAGCCUUCAAAGACUUGGCGGAACAUCUCAAGAAAUUCAACAAAGAGGGUGUCUUAAAUAGGAAGGAUGACCAAGGGAACACUUUCUUGCACCUUGCAGUUUCAAAAAAACAGUACGAGGUGAUUGACUUGGUGCUUAAGAAAAAUGUUGUCUCUAAUGGGGCAUUAGAGAUCAAUUCCUUGAACAAGAAAGGUCUUACAGCUCUUGAUGUUUUACUCUUUUUCCAAAGCGAAGCAGGCGAUAGUGAAAUCGAGGAGAUCCUUAGGCAAGCCGGAGCUAUGAAGGCAGAAGAGUCGCACUCUUUAACACAACCUGGAAUGAAUCAAAAUCAAGCAAUUGUUGCAAUUAACCCUUCGAGUGACCAAUCAACACCGAAUCGUCAGCGUCAAUCUCCUGCUAAACGGUUGCUAGACUACUUCAAGUACAACAUGGAUAGAGAUUCACCAAGCGAAGCACGACACACCAUGCUUGUGAUAGCUGUACUUAUCGCAACAGCAACUUAUCAAACCGUGCAUAGUCCUCCAGGCGGUGUGUGGGCCGAUGAUUCCAUGUCUAGCAACAACAAUGUUUCUAAACCACAUACAGCAGGACAAGCAAUCAUGGGUUCUAAAAAUUGGGUAUCUUAUGGUUUGUUCAUUCUAUUCAACUCAAUUGGGUUUUUUACCUCUCUUCAAAUGAUCUAUUGCCUUACAAGUGGAUUCCCUUUGCAAUUGGAAUUGCAUAUUGCAAUGUUUGCCCUCAUAGUAACAUAUGAUACUUGUAUGGCUGCCAUUACAUCGAAUGACAAGUUGUGGAUAUUCUUUACUGUUAUUUCCUCCCUCUUACCACUACUGAUACCGAUUGCAACCAGGGUGGCAAGGAACUAUCAGAAGAAGGCAAGGACUGCAGUAUGGCCUAGAAAUCAAGAAAGUGUGUAAAGUGAAAAUGUUAAUCUUCUUCUUCUUCUUCUUCUUCUUCUUUUUGUUCUUUGUGUGUGUGUGUGUGUGUGUGUGUGUGUGUCUACAAAUGUGUGUAUGCUACAAUAAAAAUCUAUUUAUUUUGAAUUGUUACUUCUAUUGUCUUGAUAGAUACUAGUUUUGGAAGAACUAUAUUAAGUUCAAUCGGUGAAAGUUAAAAGAGUACUGUCAUUCAAUUUGCUUUGUUAGGCCAAGUACUAUUUAUGU